AGACAAGACCCAAGACCCCACCCCACUCCCCGAUUCUCUUUCAAACAGUCUCCAAAUUUCCCCCAAAAUUUUCUCAGUUCAUCUUCAACCAUUUUCAUGGGGUCGUUCUCUCAAAUCAAUGCAACCAACUCCUCUUUUUUUUUGCAUCUCUUUCUCUCAUAUACCUUCGUCUCUCUCACUUAGAGUCUUACAAACAAAAAGAUCAACAUUAUUCCACAAAAAUUUUACAAAAAAAAUAAAACAGGUAAUUUAAUUUCAUCUUACCUUCUUUGAUUUUGAUUGUUGAUUGAGGAUUUGAGGUUGAUUUGAAUUUGGGUAGUUGUUGAUUGAAUGAUUGAUAGUUGAUACUGUUUUUUAAGGUUUUUUAGACGAAUUUUGAAACUGAGAAUAUGAGAAUGAGAUUGACUGACUGAGUUAUCUUUUCUUUUAGCUUUUGUUUUUACUUUUGCUUUUGCAAUCUUAGUUGUUUUAUUCUGAUGUUUGAGAAUCUUGGUAGAUUGGGUUGAAGUGUGAAAGUUUUUUUUUUUUUAAUGUGUAAUGAUGAAAAAAUUGGAUAGCGGCAAUAACAGUCUGUUAUUGCCGCUAUUCUCCGUUACACCCUUUUUCAGUGGCCGUUACACACUGUUUUGAGUAUGAUUAAAUUUCUCAAUCACAUUUUCCUUGAUAGUGGUGGCGGGUGGUGGCGCUACCACAAUUUUGCAGCCGUUUUUUCGCUAUAGCACCGUUAUUUGAAUCCCUGCUCAGGAUUGCAUCAAGGCUCAGCACUAAGUCCAUUUAUUUUUGCAUUAGUUAUGGAUGAGCUCGUUGGACAUAUCCAAGAUAUGUUAUUUGUUGAUGAUAUAAUCUUAGUUGUUGAAACUAGUGAUGACCUUAAUGCAAAAUUCGAACUAUAGAGGCAUAUGUUGGAGUUUCGAGGCUUUAAAUUGAGUAGAUUUAAAACUGAAUAUCUGGAAUGUAAAUUUAGUAGUCAUAGGGAAAUGAGUGCUAGUGUAAUUAAGUUGGAUGGUGAGGUAGUACUAAAGAGUAGUCAUUUUCGAUAUUUGGAAUCAAUUAUGCUGAGAUAGAAAGGGAUGUAGAUCAUAGGAUUCAAGCAGGAUGGGUAAGGUGGCAAAGUGCGUUGGGUGUGUUAUGUGAUUGCAACAUGCCUUUAAAGUUAAAGGCGAAGUUGUAUAAGACAAUUGUAAGGUCUGCAUUGUUUUAUGGGAUUGAGUGUUAGGUUGUUAAGAAAGAACAUAAGAAGAAAAUGAAUGGUAAGACUAGAAGAGACAAAAUUAGAAAUGAAAAGAUUUGAGGAAAAUUAGGGCUAGUCCGAAUUAAGGAAAGAUAAGAGUGGGCUGUUUGAGAUGUUUUGGACAUGUGAAACAUAGGCCUAUUUGUGCACUAGUUAGGAGAAAUGAGCUUUUGGAUUUGGGAAAGGCCAAAACUUCUAGAGAUAAACCAUGAAAGAUGUGGAUGCAAGUAAUAAGAAAUGAUAUGAAGGUUAAGGAAGUAGAUGAAAAUGUUGCUUUUGAUAUAAAUGAGUGGUGCAAGAAGAUUCAAAAUUAUGACCUAAGAGGGUUCUUUGGUUUUUUAUAUAGCCGAUCCUAGAGUUAUGGGAUAUAAGGCUUAGUUUGUUGUUGUUGUUGUUUGUCUUAGUAAAUGUUUCAUGAGAUCCUUCUUGUUCCUUUCGUUCUAUAUCUUUGUGUUGAGGCCUAGAUGGAAUUUAAUCGACUUUUGGCACGCAUAAGACCUUUUCAUCAUUAUUUGUUACCAAAAAUAUUGCACUUUGACGGGAGGCUAUGAUGCAAUGUUUCAUGGAAGCUCUUAUUGCUUGUCCUUAAGGUUGAAGCAUAGCUGUUCUAUCUAGAUAUUUAAGUUCUUAGCUUGAGUUGUCUUUGAGUUGGAAGAUCAUCUACUCUUUAAUAGCUAAUCAAUUUUUUAGCUUAUGGCCCGUGUAUUUAAGAGCUGGAUGCUCAUCACUACUCUUGUUAUGACGUAUGGAAUUAUAAAAAUUACAAAUUUUAAGAGUUAACUGUGAAUAAAGUUAAUGCCCUCCUUGGAUUGUCCUUGGAGAAAUUUCUGCUAAGCAUAUAGAUGGGCUUCAAUGUUGAAAGCUUGGAUACUGUAAGUUAUGAAGUUUUUCAAUUACCUAUUAUAUAUCUAAUAUGGAUGAUGAUAAAAUCCUGAGGGGAUGUAAAUGCAGGCUUUUCUUUGGGAAUCUUAAGAUGACUAAUUUGAGUCAUAAUUUUUUAUGGAAGAUGCUUGGUAUUUGGCAAUGAUCCCUGGGAAUAGAAUUUCAAAAGAUAAUUUCUUGAAGAAAGAACCUUCUUAAUCUACAUUAUUUGGAUGCACCAUUUAGGGUGUAUGGUAUGAUACAAGGAAAUGGGAGAUAUUAAUUUUCUAUCAAAGGAAAAACAUCUUAAACAACAUUAUUGUGAUGCACUAUUGAUAAUAUAGAAGUUUUAUACAAGAGAAUGGAAGUUAUCUUUAUGGCACCCCUUUUUUUUUAAACUACUAGGUGAAGACAAAAAAAUAUACAUCAAGAAUUUCUGCUUUACUAAGCGAGGGAAAAAUGAAUGUUAAUAAACUAGUUCUCUAUUUUUCCUCCAAAUUAAAGUAAUUCUAACAUGACACUAUUUUUGCCUUGCCAAACUAAUAUCAAGAUUUGACAUAAGAAUGAAGGAGCAGCAUAAAUCACCAAUGGCUUUCCAAUCAAUAGUGUGGAUGCAGGGAUAAGAUUGAGUUUUGAAACGUGGCAACUGGGGUGAGUUUUUAAAUGUACGGAAGAGGUAGCAAUUUUAUUCCCACAAAAUUUUAGUGCUGAAUAUUUUUGGCUUGGAUUAUCUAUGCCUGGCAACGAAGUUGGAGACAGGAUCCAUAAUUUCCUUGGCAAAGAGAGUUUGUCCCAGAGCCAGCAUCACUCACAGGUCAUUGAUGGUACCUGGCCUGGCUUAAGUAACAAUCUGUGGGUUGGAAGCCAGAGACAACUUGGUGAACCUCUUGUUUCUGGUUUGAAGAAUUUCAGUUCACAUCAAUUAGAGUCUGACAGAAGACAUAGUAGUCAGUCUUCAAGCCUGCAGCAUGGGCUGAACUUCACUCAAUCAGGUCCAAGUCCUGAAAUUGCCAGAAGUCAAUCGCAAAACCAAUCACCAAUUGCAAAUGGCUAUAUGCAAGGGCAUCAGGCUUUCCAGACAAGGCAGAAUGAAACAAACUUUUUGGGAUUGGAUACAGCAUCUAGAGACUUAUCAGUUUUUGAUUCACAGAUAGGAAAUGGUCCUGAUCUUCUUAAGAAAAAUUCAUUGAGGUUGGAAUCUAUUGAACCACACGUAAAUUAUGACUUUUUUGGAGGGCAACAGCAAAUUAGUGGACAGCAUCCUGGCAUGAUCCAGCCUUUUCCAAGGCAGCAAUCAGGGAUGACUGACAUGCAGCUGUUACAGCAACAUACUAUACUUAAGCAAAUGCAAGAAUUACAGAGACAACAGCUUCCAAAGACACAGUUUCAGCUACCAGAAGCAAGGCAGUUGAGCUCUGCGAAUCAGGUCUCCUCUGUUGCUAAACAGGUGCCCGAUAGCCUUUCUCCAGCUCCAAUCAAUGGUGUUCCUAUCCAUGAUACUUCAAAUUAUUCCCGGCAGCCUGAGCACGUGGCACCAAAUGCAAAUUGGGUGCAGCAUGGUGCCUCACCAGCCAUUCAGGGAUCCUCUGGUGGAUUUAUGUUUUCCCCUGAUCAAGGCCAGGUGCAUUUGAUGGGUUUGGUUCCCCAACAAGUUGAUCAAUCAUUUUAUGGGAUCUCUAGUGGUGGUGCAAGAGGAAAUCCAUAUCAAUAUUCUUCUGUCCAAAUGGAUAAGCCUUUAAUGCAGCAGGUGCCAGCCAGCGGUAAUUCCUUUCCAGGGAAUCAGUAUGCUAUGUUUUCAGAUCAAGUUGGCUUGCAAGAUGGAACUUUGGUUUCUAGAAAUGAUGAUCAGGGUAAAAAUGUAUUUGGGGCUGCAGCUGGUCAAGGUUUAAAUAAUGUAUUUCAUUCAGAAAAUUUGCAGCAAAUGACUAUCCAGCCAAAAAAUGCAGUGAUGCAGGAGUCUCGUGGGAGGCAAGAGCCUCCUGCUCUGCCAGAAACUUCCCUGGAGAAGUCAGUAAUUCAGGCUGCCUCUUCCCAGAAUGUGGCUACGUUAGAUCCAACUGAAGAAAAGAUUUUGUUUGGUUCAGAUGACAGUGUGUGGGAUAUGUUUGGUAAGAGUGCCAACAUGGGUUCAGUGUUGGAUGGUUCGGACCCUUUUGGGGCAUUUCCUUCUCUGCAAAGUGGAAGUUGGAGUGCUCUUAUGCAGUCUGCUGUAGCAGAAACAUCCGGUAAUGAUAUAGGGGUACAGGAAGAGUGGAGUGGUUUGGGUGUGCAGAAUAGUGAACCACCAAGUGGAAACAUGUCAGCAUCAAAUGUCAAUGAUGGUAGCAAACAGCAAUCAGCUUGGGCGGAUAACAACUUGCAGAAUGCCUUGACACUGAAAUCUAUACCUUUUCCCAUGUCUACUGAUACCAAUAUCAAUCUUGACUUUUGUAGUGUUCCUGGGGUUCAGCAAUCAGGAGUCCAGGCUGCAAAUGAACAGACCGGGAGAAUGCAUAAUGAUGCAUCUCAGAUAUUCGUUCAACAAUUAACAGAAGAAAGAAGCAAAUGGUUAGAUCGCAGUCCUCUACAAAAGCCUGUAGGUGAAAGUGCUCAACUCGUUGGACGUGUUGCUCACAGUCCUGAUGUGCAAGUAAGUGCAAAGAGCAUUUCAGGUCAUCAAGGCAUAGCCACAUAUGAUCCUCUUCGUCAACCUCACAAUAAGCCAAAUGGUUGGAACUUCAUUGAGUCUGCAUCACAUAGCAGUGGUGCCAUAUCAAAAAGUCAGGAUAUUGAAAGCUCAUUACAACUUUCUCAGAAUAGUGAUCACAGAGGUUCCAUGUAUGAGGAAAGAGGUCAUGGUUCUGGUCUUGAUUAUCCUGUUCCUGAUGCAAAUAUUGAAUCAGGGAAUGGAAAUUCAGGCUUGGGAAGCCCUCAGGUGAAUAGGGAAGGUUCUGGUCUGGAUAAUGUUGCUGCAAUAAUAGAUUCAAAAACCACAAGGGUCACCAAGGAAAGCAGCCAGCAACUUCCAAACCAUCAUAAUCUUACUCUAUGGAAAAGUAUUAAUUCUAAAGUAAACUCUGGACUAAGCAGGGUUCCAGCAAAAUAUCAUCAAAAUCGGGAUAAGAGCCCUCAAACUUUCGAUUCAUCUGGAAAUAAUUGCCUGGAGAAGGGAGUGUCUGAAGCAAAUUUGUUGGAGAGCCCCAAUGUCAAAGACACUUCAAAUGACAGUUUUCGCUCUAACUUAUCUCACCAUACCUCCACUAGUGGCAUUAGAGACAAUGUCUGGCUGGAUGCAAAUGAUCCACGGGGAGGAAAACAGAAGUCAUUUGUUCAUGUUAAUCAUAAACCUCCUGCAACCCGUAAAUUUCAGUAUCAUCCUAUGGGGGAUCUGGAUUUCGAGGUUCAACCUUCUUGUGGAUCAAAAAGUGUAUCACAUAUGCAGGCAAUACCCCAACGUGUUUCUCAAGGAUUGAAAGGUCAUGACCAAGGAUUUUUUGGGCAGUCAAAAUAUACUGGUCAUGCUGCUGGAGAGUCGACAGAAACUGAGAAGGGUUGUUUUCCUCGCAUUCAAGUAGAAGAGGUGCCUUCCAAAAGCUCAAAUCCUGGUUCUGCACCUGAGAUAUCUUUUGGUGGUUUUGUGCCAAACAAGACAGCUCCAAUUAGACAAAAUAUGCUGGAGCUUCUUCAAAAGGUUGAUCAGCCAAGGGAACAUGGUACUGCAACACGCUUAAGCUCUUCUGAACACAAUCAAUCAUCUGAAAUGCCAGAUGCAGAAACUUCUGAUGGAUCAGUAGGCCAGUUUCGGCAUAAUAAGCCAUCUGCAUCUCAAGGUUUUGGUUUACAACUAGGUCCGCCAUCUCAGAGGUUUACCAUUCCUGAUCGUGCAAUUUCAUCUCAGAGUUCUCCACAAGGAGUUAAUUCUCUGAAUUCAAUUCAUGUCUCUUCUGAGGUGGGAAGGAAGGGUCAUACAUGGUUGGAUCCAACAGCUUCUGUUCAGUCAUCAACUCCAUCCCAUGGAGAUAUUAGGAAUAAUGUUUCAAGUGUUUCUGGUCAAAUCAGCAAUGAAAGCUCACAAUAUAAUAUCCAGGGCAAUGUUUCUGCAGGUUUUGCCUCUGAGUAUCCUGAUUUAAAAAGUCAUCUUCAAAGCCAGCAUGUUACUGGUGUGGGUAUUCAGGUAACACAAAAUGAAUCUAUCAAUGCACCUUUUGGUGGGUUGGCAUCUCAGUCAAAGCAGACUGAUGACUCUUCUGAGAGAGCUCAAACUAGUCAAUUAGGAAGCAAAUCAACAUCUCGCAUACCCAAAACUGCUCCAGAUAAUGGCCUUGCUUCUUCCGAGAAUUCUCGGCCAAGAAGUAGCUACCAAAACCAUGCUAGGGAUCCUGGCAAGCAGUUUCCAGUGUUGGAGGCUAUGCCAGCUUCCCAACCUUCCCAAUCUUCGCAACAAGGUUUUUUUAUGAAAAUGCCCAAUGUAUGGACUAAUGUCUCAGCCCCACAACAUCUAUUAGGUGCACAGUCUUCUCAGGCCUUGCAAAAUUUGUUGAAGCCCCAUCAACAGUCAAAUAGUAACUUGGAAACAACUCUUCCUAGAAGAAAGAAGCUAGAUGAUCAACUUGCGUGGGCAGGAGGGAGUGGCCAAUCUGAGUUACCUGUGGGCUCUCCUAAACCACAGAGCUUUGUUGGAGAAGAGCAACCGGCAAAAGCCCAGCAGGUGUUGCCAGAGAAUGAUGCCAGCCAAAAUCCUACAAGCAUGCAAAGAGACAUUGAAGCUUUUGGCCGUUCUUUAAGACCAAAUAAUGCUGUACAUAAGAACUAUUCAUUGUUGCAUCAAGUGCAGGCCAUGAAAAAUACAGAGAUUGAUCCCAGUAAUAGGAGUGACCAAAGAUUUAAAGUUCCAAAUCCAGACUCUGGUUUGGAUGUUCAGCACAUAAGUUCCCAAGGUGCAGAGCAGUUAUCUCAUGGAUCCAAUACUAUGAUGAGAGAUGCCCCAGUUAAUCGGCCUUUAGUUCCUUCUGGAGAUUCUAAGAUGGUAAGCUUUUCAUCAAGCACUGGAGAUAACCAUGAGACACAGUUAUCAGCUAAUGAUAUGCUGGCAUUUGCUCGGAAUGAUUCCCAAAAUUUCUCCAAUGAUAAUAAUUCAGCUGCUAAUCCCAGGGGUGAACACUCUCAGAUCAGUCCCCAGAUGGCUCCAUCCUGGUUUGAUCGAUAUGGGACAUUUAAAAAUGGGAAAAUGUUGCCUAUAUAUGAUGCUCAGAAAAUUGCCAUGAUGAAGGAAUCAUUCAUUUUUGGUAGACCUUCUGACAGUUUGCAUGCUCUUCAUUCAAGUGAGCAGGUUAAUGCUGCUGCAGAUGCUUGUCUGCUGGAAAAUGCCGAGCAAAGCUCAAACCUUAUGCCAAUAGCAAGUGAGCUUAUCUCCCCUCAUUUGCUGCCUCCUGAUAUCACAAAUCAGAAAUUAGUUGUUUUGAGAUCAAAGAAGCGUAAAAGUAUGACAUUUGAGCUUCUACCAUGGCAUAGAGAGGUGACACAGGGUUCCCAAAGGCCUCAGAACAUCAGUGCAUCAGAGGUGGAAUGGGCUCAUGCAGCAAAUCGAUUGAUUGAGAAGGUAGAAGAUGAACCUGAAAUGAUUGAAGAUUGGCCGCCAGUGCUUAGAUCAAAAAGAAGGCUUAUCUUGACAACACAGCUUAUGCAGCAACUACUUCAUGCUCCUCCAAGAGUAGUUCUUUCUGCAGAUGCUAGCAAAAACUACGAGACUGUGGCCUAUUUUGUUGCCAGAUCAGUCUUAGGAGAUGCAUGCAGCACAGCAUAUAUACCUGAAAGUGAUACAGUUGUUCCUUCUGACAGUGGAAGCAUCCUCUCUGAAAAGCUUAAGGAGGAGAGAAAUCAGUCUAUCUUAAAGGCUUCAGAAGAGUUUAUCAUCAGAGCAAAGAUGCUGGAGAACGAUUUACAGAGUCUGGACAAGAGAGCCUCAAUCUUGGACUUAAGAGUGGAGUGUCAGGAACUAGAGAAGUUUUCGGUCAUCAAUCGAUUUGCCAAGUUCCAUUGCCGGGGGCAAGCGGACGGGGCUGAGACCACAUCGUCGUCUGAUGCAAUUGCUAGUUCUCAAAAAUUCUUUCCCCAGAGAUAUGUUACUGCAAUACCGAUGCCUAGGAAUCUCCCUGAUAGGGAGAGGAAUGUCUCCAUAAAGCAACGGAGGCACUUAGAUCUUUUCAUUGUAGGCCAUUGAUGUCAUUCUUGAGAUAUAUAAGUUGGUCCUUGUAUACUUGUUUGAAAAUCUUGAGAUUAAGUGAGGUGGGGUGGUGCCUCGUGAUUUUUGGGUAAAUGGGGAGAACAGAAGCUCAUUCAGAUUUUUUCAACAGAUUGCUGAAUAUUCAGGUAAUUAAGUGUAUUUAUAUCAAGCCUUCGGAUGGGUUCCAUUCAUAAGUAAAGGGUUUUUAUUUUUUUGUUGGACACCUUUCUCAUCUGCUCUUCUCUAAGACUGAGAGGGGUUGGGGUUUGGGAAUUGAUUCUGUGAUGUUUACAAUAUGGAUGUGCCAAAGUCUUGAAUCAACUAACUGUAAGCAGCAAAAAGUUCAAAAAUAGGAAAAGAUAAUCUGAGUAUCAGCAGUGAGGAAUAUCAGAUGUAGGAGUCACUGAAAUUAAAGUAUAUUCAUGAAGUUUAAAAUCUUGAAAACAUUUCUUGUAAUAUUAAUAUCAUAUAUUAUCAUAACUAAAAAAUUCCUAUCAUCCAACUUGUUCCGUAUCUUCUGACCCAAAAAAAAAAAAAAAAAAAAA